UGUACUUUAUCAGAGCUCGCGAUUUGAAGGUCGCGCAAUUGUUAUAUUCGAACCCCAAACCCCCAAUCUCUCGCGGCCAGGAAAUGCCGAAUACACACACAGCCGCGUGGGUGGCGGAGUUCGUCCUCCGUCAGCCCGUCGAAGACUGGCUCGCCAACGAGAUCUUCCUCGCCCUUCCUCUCCCGUCCCCACUCCCCUUCCGCCUCCGCCGCACCAUCCUCCUCCGCCGCCUCACCUCCGACCUCUCCCGUGGCUCCCCCUCCCUCCACACCCUGCACUCGCUCGACCUCCUCCUCGAUGACCCCCCCACAUCGUCCUCUUCCUCCUCUUCCGCCGAGUCCAUGGCCGUUGCCUACCGCGCCGUCGCCCUCCACUGCAUCUCCCUCUCCUUCUCUGCCUCCAACUACGACGCCUUCACGACCUUCGUCGACCUCUUGCGUUCCAGGGUAGCCGACCUCGAGCUGGCGGGUCCCGCCGUCUUGGCAGCCGAGCCGCUAAAGAAAUUGAGGAUGGAGAUUGACGCCGCCGUCGAGAGCGGCAUCGUUAGUGGGGGCUUGCUGGAGAGGGACACGAGCAACGAAGCAUUGGAUGCGAUUAGGGUUUAUUUGAAGGCCGCAAUGGAGGAGUUGGGGCCGCCGUUUCUUGAACUCGCUGCCGAGAUUGUUGCUAGAAACGGGAUUGAGUUGGGAGAACCCUGUAGCGAAACUUCGGCCAAAUCUGGUGACAAGGUUAAGGUUUCAGGAGUCGCCGGUGGAGUCGGAGAGAGGACUUCUAGUGUGUCUGUUGCGGUCAAUGGAGAAGUGGUUCACUUGGAGAAGAAUAAACAAAUAUCAUCUGCCGUCGUUGAUCAUGGUGGCAAUAGAGAGACGGUUCUCUUGGAGACAAAUCCCGAAACAUCAUCUACGUCGUGUGAUACUCUGGACAAGGAUAUGGAGAAUGAGAUCGCUAGAAAACAAAAUGCAGUUGUACACCUUGGAAAGCCCACUGACAAAUUUGAUCCUAUGUCUGCACCUGAGGUUGAGAAGGUGGCUAAUGCCCUUAAAUCAAGUUGUGUGGAUCUUCACAAGGUGGUGGUUGAUCCUCUUCCAGAUGCAGUGAUGAAAGCAACUGAAGUAUUGAAGAAUAGGUCCUUUGGGAUGACAAAUGAUGUGGAAGAAUUAGAGAUUCAACGUCAGGUAGGUGCAAGUGGACCAGUUUCAGCUGCUAAAAAUGGUUCCAAAGACAAUGGUGCGGAUGAAAUUGUGGAACAAAGCAAGGUAGGUGCAAGUGGACAAGUUUCAGCUGUUAAAACUGGUUCCAAAGACAAUGGUGUGGAUGAAAUUGUGGAACAAAGCAAGAAAAAUGAUGCUCUUGAUGUGGAUGGAAGUAUGCAGCAAAGAAAGGAUGAUGCUGUUCAAUCAAAUAGAGAACCAUCUGUUGAGAAACAAUCAGAUGGAAUUGAUAACAGGGUACAGGCAGCUCCAACAAUCCAUGCUGAGAUGAAAGGGACUGGAAUUUCUAAUACUGAUGGGGUGCAAAAACGAAGCCUGAUGGAUAGGAAUCCAACUGCUCAUACUUUCGAGUGGGGGGAGGAUCCAAUAGAGUCCUCCUCGGACAAGUCCCCAGCUGCGGAGAAAAUUACCUUACCUAGUCCAAAGAGAAAGAAGACUUGUUCUCCCUUGACCAUAAUGGAAAACAAGAAGCUUGUUAUAAGAAGGAAGCGCAAGAGAUGGAGUUCACUGGAAGAAGAGACUCUGAGAAAGGCUGUACGGAAGCAUGGAGUGGGUAAUUGGAAGUUUAUAUUGAGCUGCUUUUCUAAAAUAUUUGAAGACAGGACAGAGGUUGAUCUGAAGGACAAGUGGAGAAAUAUGACCAGGCACUAAUUUUCUCCUUUUUUGGUUGUAUCCCAGUGACUAGUUUGGUAUAGUAGAUGAAGGUUAGUGAGACAUUAUCAAGACUCUUGCAACUAAAUCCUCCCCCUGUUGAUAUUCUCUGUAAUGUAUGACAGUAUGACUCAGUCUGGUAAAACAUUGUGAUAUUUUGUGCUAGCAGCAUUGUAAUUUUUUGUGCUAGCAGCAUUGUAAUAUAAUAUUUUGUGCGAGCAGGCUUGGUUUGCAUGGAAUAUAUCAAGGAA